AUGAGAGAGAGAAGUGAGAGGAUUUCUAAUCCCGGCAAAUGGUUUAGUUAUAUAGUUGUGAAGGGCCCCUGCCUUCAUAAUAAGAAAGGCCGGUUAAUAGCGCAUAGAGUUGGCGAUUAUAUAGAGUAUACAGAUAUAGCAAAAGAGCAAAAAAUGGAAAUAGAUAUCAAUUAUUAUUUAGGUAGUACACUUGCAAUGUAUGCACGUUUUAUCAAUGAAGAUGACAG